AUGGUGACAGGUAUGAGUGAUAAUCAAAUCCAAGAGAUCGCAGCCGAGCCUCAAGAAACCCGGAAUGAGCGUCUCCAGAUGAAGACCGACCUUGAACGACUUCAGGGAGGUAAACGUGCCCUAAGUAUUUUCAGUGCAAGUGGGUUGGAACCUAAUGCACCGUCUUUAUUCGACUCCUUCUGCCCCAAGCAAAACACCGAGUGCAUAUCUGGCCCAGCCGACGGUAGAGCAGGGGCCUCCAACAAGUUCUUCAAAUGCAAAUGUACGCAAAGAGAAGCCUCUUCUUCAUCGCUUUUCGGCGGAGUCUCUGCUGGAUAUCCGACUGGCAACUUGAAUACUACUAGCUCCCCGGUCAAUAGUCCAUUAUUUGGCAACCCAACUUCUGACACCUCAGCAAAGCCGCCUUCUCUAUUUUCUAAGUCUGCUGGUAGCCCUUUCGCUGUCGGUACUUUCGCUGUCGGUAGCACUCCUAAUUAUGCCCCAUUCGGUGCAACGGGAUUCGGCAAAGCCAAUGCUUCAGUUGAAGCUGGUAGAAGCUCGCCUGCCCCUACUGGCAGCCUUUUCAGAAACCAUUCUACCCAGUCUAGUACUCCCAAUAACUCGUCAACACUUUUUGGUUCUGGCGUCAGUGGAAGCUUUGGCCGGCCUACCUUCAAUUCUGCUAACGAAUCUGCGGAUAAAAAUGCACCGGCAAACAAGUAUCCAGAUACAAAGAACGCCUUCCAGUAA